AUGAUACAGCUCGAGAAGCUGUCGCAAAGGGCACUUCAAGGCUGGUCUGAUCUGCUUGCGACGCAGCAUGCUUUUCUCGAUGUUUUGGAUCAGUUUACUCAAUCAGCCAGGGGCAUCGAAUCCUGGAGCAUGGAGCUCGUCGACGCUAGGGCAGAAGUCGUGUACUCAUCUGGAGAGGGACACUACCUCAGCGCUGAGGCGUGCCUUUAUGACGCCAAGAGUGGGCUGACUCCUCUUCCUGGACCCGGUGGACCACCUCUUCUUCUUGGGCCUCACGCCAGCCCUUGUCUGCCAAGCAUCAACAUCCCGAUUUUUUCUGGUCAUCACGAAGAUUGGCAGUCAUUUCGCGACCUGUUUCAAGCACUCAUCUACCAAGAUGCUCGUCUCACCGAUGUCGAGAGACUUUAUUAUUUAAAGUCGCACCACCACCACCUCCUCGUGCAGGAUCACAUCACGCCACUCAGGACGCUCAAGACUCUAAGAGAAGAGUCCACUGCUGGUUUGCAGGGCCUGCUCAAUACCCUGGAGAAGCACCGUGACCAGCUAAAAGCGCUGAAGCAGCCCGUGGAACAGUGGGACGUGUGGAUGAUCUCAUUUGCCUCCACCACCAUGAACCCAUCGACUUGGAGGGCCUGGGAGGACGAGCUUGAGAAGCUGGAUGCAGCUGCCUUGGCUCCUAGAGAAGUAGCCACAUUCGCCAACCUGUCCAGCUUUCUGCGGAGGCGUGGCCGCUCUCUAACCUCAGUAGAGGCCUUGCGCAGCCUACGCUCAGUGAGCGAUUCAUUCAGCUCACGUUCAACGAGUGGCCGCCCUGCCGGGCCAGCACCGAUCGACUGCAACCACAGGACUCUCGCCACACAGGCGGCCGAAGAUGACUGCUCUGCUUGCCAUGCUCCUCACUACAUCGGCCGCUGCAGUCGUUUUCUUCAGCUGGAUGAGACAGCACGCCGGGCUCUCGUUGCUCAAUCGAAGCUGUGCUUCAACUGCUUGAGGUCAGGCUACAUCGCUCACUCUUGCCCAUCCCAAGGUGUAUGUCAGCACUGCAGUGCGAGACAUCAUAGCUUGAUUCACGACGGCAGCCGUAAACGCAAGGCCGACCCUGAGUCAACAAGUGCUCAGACCCAGCGAGCACGACUCACCACAGAUUCCAAGGAGAGCUUUGACCUGGCGGUCGACUCGCAGCUAUGA